AUGGCUCCCUCAGUCCCGCACAGAAAUCGCGGUGCUGUCCAACAGGCCGAAGUGCGUAAAGUGGCGACGUCUCAGGCGAAGCAGGCGAUUCACAAGAUCAACAAGCACGCACAGAAGCCUAUCGUCCAAAAAGCAUUCAGCAAGAUACAACAAAAUUCCACCAAAGCCAAUGCUCAGGUAGAGACUAGCGAUUCGGCGCAUGUUCUCGAUGCUACUCUGCCCAAAGACGACAAGGACCGCGACGUGUGGGCUCGGAAGGUGUACUAUGCGCUACUUAACGGACCGAAGCUGAAUGAGAGGGAGGCUGGCGUGAAAGCCUGGGAGCUUUUGAGAUCGACCGAGAACAUCUAUCGGAACGGUUCUUCAGCCACUGUGGUCCCGAACGAAAACAGCUCAGCAAUACUCGAGCGCUCAAAUGAAGAGAGUUUCGCGCAGCACAUGAAAAGAUUGACAACCAAAACCAUGACAGACAACUACAUUGACUUGACCGGGGAGCCUUCCGAUGACGAGACAGAAGAUGAGACUGAUGCUGACGUAGACGGUACGGAGCCCGCUGAGGAUGAUCUCAAUGGCUACGAUACCUUGAUGAUGGAUCAUGCGCUGACAAGGGACGCGACUGCUACUGAGCUAUCUGCUCGCGCGACUCCUCAGGACGCUGUCACCGUUGACCUGGUCGAGAGUGGAGGGGGAAUCGAGGCAGUACUCAGCUUACAGCAGACUUGGUCGCUCACGCUCGUCUACCCAUCAGCAAACAUAUACGACCCCUCAAGCUACAGCGACUACGCAAUGGCGAGUGCUAUCGUCGCACCACGAAACGGCGGAUCGUGGCGGCCUUCGGAUAACAUGCGGCAAUACAUGGAGUCGCUAGUAGCUCAGCCUGAUUUUGUCAAGGAGACCCGCGCGUACGACGCCGCAUCUGUUGCUAGUAAGGGCGCGAGCAAAGAAUCACAAGGCGCCUAUCGCGUAGACACACCAUACGAACACGUCAACCAAAUUCACGCCGAACCAAAUGGCCCAUCCGUCGUCGCUUUCGCAUCUGAUCCGCUUCCAUUGCCACUCCGGCAGACACCGCUGCCUUCGCCCGCCUAUCAUGAAACGCCGCGUCUUCAAUUCAGGAGUGCCUUGGAAGCCCAGUUGAGUCAUCAAUGGGAACCCUGCUGGAAGCCUGCCAGUGGAUCUUACGGCGUCCCCCAAACCGACCGUGAGCAAAAGUCCCACGUGGCGCGCCUCUUCAAAGCCUUCCUCGACACCCGUAAGGUCUACGACGACUCACGGUACGCAGCUAAAUUCCAACCUGGUGGAAUAUGGACUCAAGACCCUGCCGACAUCGAACUCACCUGCUGGAACCUAGUAAAAGCAGCUAUCGACCUGCACGUUGUCGGUGCAACGGGACUGCAGUUCCGGCGAAUGCCACAAAUGAUACCACCACAGAAGAGGAUGGAGACUGAUCUGACGUUCUUACGGCGUCUCUUUUGUCUUGAACUGCUGGUCAAGCACUACAAGACGGUUGCGCAUGAGAUAAUGAAGCGAAGGGAUGUGGAGGAAUAUCUCGUCCAAGUCUGCGGCUAUCUUUUUGAGAAGUGUCAGUUCAAUGCCGUGAUGGACAAAAUGGCACCGCCACAGAGAGAAGCGUUGGUGAUGGAGUGGGAGCGAAGAGGACCGGUGGAGCGUCCACAGACUGCACGUAGCAGUACGACCGGCGAUCAGAGUUGGCAGCAUCGCAAGAGGCCUCUUUCAGACCCCGUCGAUGCGGCCACGCAAUUCUCUCCGAAGCGAAACCACUAUACGACGGCAAACUUUGCUGCGUCCGCAGUGAACUCGCCACAGACACUCCGAGCAUUCUCCGCUUCCCCCUUCCUCAACGACACGGUGGAUCAGAUUUCCCAAGUACCUGCGCCACGUCCAUCGAAUUCAAACCUAGAACAGGGUCAAGCUCCUGCUGGUGAUUCAGACACUGCCAAUCUACCGAAUGGGACCCUGGACGGCAUCACCGAUGGGGACUUUACACAGCUCACACCAAAGCCACAAAAGGAUCAAGGCCCGGUGACAGAGCCUGCUAUUCUCGUGGAGGGUGCCCUGAAUGGUACCGCUGGACCGAGUUUCACGGAGGACACCAACGAAUCAAUGGUGCUUCCAGCCACUGGACCGGUUCAAGAUCCGGUGGAAGAUUUCAAAUGGGACGACUGGGUGCGAUUCCCGGAAUCCAAUGAACUUUAA